UCAUUUUUCAUAGCAUUAAAACGACAACAAAAGAAAUCACUGUGAAAUUUAUGACAUAUUUACAAUUAUACGACUACAAUGUCCUUGUAUUUAGGUGCUAAAAAUAAUCCGAUUCACAAUGGAACCGAAAAAGAUGAAGAUGACGACAGCGGUAACGAAAACGACAGUAAUGUUGAAGAUGAAUACGAUGACUUUGUUGUCAUGUGCCCAUCCUGUUGUCAAAUAUUUUCAAAUGAAUCGGAGCGGUUGCAGCAUGACUUUGACAACUGUAAAGAACCUGUCAGAAAAUCAUUGAAGUUAUCUCCAACUCACGACUCUGGAAAAUCAAACGAUGAAGUCAUGCAAGAAACUAAAAUAAAAAAGGAAACCAAUCACACUGAGUUUACUGAUGAUGUAUUGUCAUUGCAAUCAGAAUAUGGAAUGAUGAACAAUCUCAAUGAUGAUGACUGUGAUGGUGACGCAGUUUAUAAAAAUAAUAAAUCAAUGUCUAAUGGAUUCCAUAGUGAAGACAUAGACUAUUUACCUUCCUACAUUAGGAAUCAUGUCAGUACUUCUUUCUCUGUUAAUAGACACAUGAAGGAAGAAUUUCAGGAAAACUAUUUCCAUUUUAAAAAGAACGAGUUGCAGAAGAAGGGCAAAAAUGCUAUAGUUAAAGUGAAAGAUGAAAGUACCAAUUCUAUAAUAACUCCUGGUUCCAGUAUAAAAACAAAAUCAGCAACUUAUCCUUGUGAUCAUUGUGGAAGAGAAUUUGUUAAUCUUCAAGGAUUAAGUCAUCAUAAAGUAACACAUAGUGGAAGCAAGCCAUAUUCAUGUUCUUGUGGAAGAUCCUACACAACAUCUGGUAAUCUAAAAGCCCACCAAAGAACUCAUAGUGGUGUUAAACCUUAUAGUUGUGAACAUUGUUCAAAAACAUUUACCACAAAACAAGGGUGGAUUUAUCAUAAAACAUUACAUACAGGCCAUAAACCUUUUAAAUGCGAUGAAUGUGGUAAAGCAUAUUCAUAUGAUGUAGCUCUUAAUGCACAUAAAAAAAUGCAUGAUAGAUUGAGAGACAAUUUUUAAGAGAAAUCUCCAGUUUAUUUUAAAACAUAAUUAAAUUUAAAUUAUUAUUAGGUUUGUGUAUUAAUAAAUUAGAUUAUAUCUGAUUAUUUAUACAACUGGGUGAGAGAUGUGUUGUGUGUUUCUUGUGCUACACUUAAAAAAAAAGUAGUAGAAUUUAUUUAUAAUAUCAAUAAAAAUUUAAUAAUUUGGAUAACACAUAUUUUAACCAUUUCCUUUUGUUUUAGACAUUAGUAGUAUUUAGUUAUAGAUAGAAAUUUAUUUGAAUGGCAAAUGAAUUAUUCAUUUAAUAAUUUUGUAGAUGAUUUAAAAGAAAGAAUUAAUAAUUAUUUGAACACAAUUACUGAAUUUUUUUUAUUUAAGGCAUAUUUCUUUGAUGGUUGAGGUUCUAUAAAAUAGUUCUAAUUGUCAGUAUCAUUUCUAGGUGAAGUGAAAGUUUUCCCUGACUGGGCGAUAUACAUGAGGUGGGCUUACACGCAAAGUGAAAAUGCAGACAGUGUACCAAAAAAUUAAAGCUGUUGGUUAUAGAUUCAGUCCAUAAAAUGUGCCAUUUUGACUUCAAACCUCAUCUGAGAACCCAGUGACCACCUAGCAUAAGUGGAAGAAUGCAAGGAGGGAGGAUGAGGUGCUGAUUGACCACAAUCCCUCAAGCUACUAAAAAAAAAAGCAUUUCUUCAAAUUCCAACUGUUCUUCUAUUUGUUCCAUCUAUCUGAACCACUAGGCAUCACUUUUGUUGUCAUCUCUGCAGGCCCUAUCCCCAACCCUACACUCCGAACUGCGCAAGAAAAUUCAAAUUAAUUUGAAUAAUUAAUCUAUCAUGCUUUGUUUAGUAAGAUGAUAUAAGCAUAUUAUAAGUUUAAUUGAUGUCGAUAUCUUUACUCAGCAUUAUUUACAUGUUGUAUUAGCUUUAAACAAAAUCUUUAAUAUUGUUUUUUUUCUUAAUACAAUGUUCAAUAUUAAAUAUAAUUAUAUUGACUAGGCUGUUUGUUAUUGUGAUAAAACUUUACACUAAGCCAAUUUAUAGUUUGCUUAAUGAUAUUGUUGUUAUAGGUGUUCCUCCAAUCUAUUAUAACCUGACAUUUUACAGUGUUGAAAUAUUAUGGAGGCAUUAGUGUGUACUUAAUAUAUCCCGUCCCUUUUUUGUCUACCAGUAUAUGUAUUGUAUUUAACAGCAUCUACGUUUUUAAAACGAAAACUUGUCCAUUAUAGUCACUGGAAAUUUUUGCUAAUUGCAAUGUGCAUUCUUCACAUGGAUAUAUCUGCCAAUUCCAGUCUUCCCCAAAACCAAUGUCCAGAUGGUCUAUUCAAUCAAUAUAUUAAUAUAGUUUCAUAUGCAAUCCUUUAAGUUAAUAUCUAUAUUUGGUUGCCAAUUGUGUACCCUACAUUGAAUUUUAUUUAAAUUCUAAUAUUGGAUGCUAUCUAGUAUAUUACAUAUGUUUAUGUAUUACAUAUUUAUGCAUCAUUUACUUGUAUGAGCAAUAUUUGAAACCAUUUUUAUGCAUUUUUGUUUUAACAUGUUAACUGUAGAUUGUACAUUUUUUUUCAAGAGACAAUUUGCAGUCUGUUGCUGAAUUACAAAUAUGAGCAGUUGUUUCAUAAUUUCAUGCUUUAAAACCAGCAAAGGUAACUGCGAUAGUGGUUAUGGUUUUAAUGUUCAGAAACUUAAUGGUGAUUUGUUUUUUCAGUUUACCAGAUGUUCCUGAUUUCACACCCUCAAUCUGUUGAACGUUUGAGGUAGUAGUCCUAUAUGUAAGAAGACUGUUUAUUCACAGAAAAUCGUUUAUGUCCUAUCUGUUUCUAGGGAAGCAAACUAGCAGUAUGUUGAAGCUGCCCUAGCAAUAUAAUUUUUCACAGUUGUUUAAGCUGAUUCAGUAUCAACAAUUAAACAAGGUUGCAUCUGGAUAACAAAGGAAAGAAAUAAGAUAUGUUCCAUAAAAUCUCAAUAAUUACAUCCGUCUUUAAAGAUGCCUUCCCAUGUAUAAACUGUGUGAUUUGAUAUAUUUUGACUAAAACCAUAUACAAAUUAAUUUAUCUAUCAAAAGUAUGCUUCAAAUCCCUCUCAAAAUAAUUCAAUCCCAAGCUGUAAAAAUCAAUUUAAAGCAGCCUUAUUUUUCAUUAGUCUUGAAUGAAGGAAGAUCCAUUACAGCUUGUACAUGACUUGUUGUCCAUUUACCAUAAAUAUCAAAGCUUAAAUUCUCGGAUUAUUCGCUUAUGAGCAGACAACCUGACAGACUGCCCGUUUGUGAUACCCUAAAGUGGGGCUUAAGUCAACUCUGCAACUCAAAGCAACAUGUCUCUUAUCACGUGAUGUUACUUCCAUGGAAACGAGUUGAUGCCAGUUGUAAGAAUGCUCGUGUUGACUGCGACUGGUUGCAGCGAGUUGCAGAAAGUUAAACAUAUGCAACUGACUGCUUUGAGUUGCAUUCAGUUGCUUUCAGUUCCUCCCAGAUACAUUUUUCUAGUAAGAUUGGUUGUCUUUACUUUCCAUAUAUACAACCAAAUUUGCCAUAUUUUUAUUCAAAUUAACUACCCUUUAAUUACUUUUGGGGAAUGCAACUUUAAUGUUUUACUGCCCUGUUACAAAAUCAUGUAAAAGCUCUAAUGGUCAGAUUGGGGUUCUUCUGUUUAAUCUCAGUGUUUAACAUUGCAUGUUAAAAAAUUAAUACAGUGCAGAAAUCAGUUACUGCCUCUCCAAAUUGUCCAGAAAUAUUAUCUUUCUUCAAUCUAAUUACUGAGAAAGAAGCCCAACAAGGGUUCUAUUUUUUUACCUCAUUCCCUUGUGGGAUGGGAACCAUGGAACUAUAUUUAGUAGUUUUGUCACCAAUUUGAUGAAUUGUAUUAAUUUAUUUGCAUGUAUAUUAUGACUUCCAUUGAAUGUAUUUUGUGUGUCUGCAAUGUUUUAUAAAUCUUUCAGUCUCUAUAAAUUUAUUUAGAAAUCCAUUGUACCGGUAAUGUAAUAUCAGAUAUUAUUUCAACUUUUUUGUUGAUAAAUUUACCAAUAUUCAUAAUAUGAAAUAUUAAAUGUAAUAAAAUAGUGAU